AUGGACCCGAAACCUUCAAAAUCGAGCGUAAAACCGUCUCACGAAGCAACGACGUCUUCUAUUCGUCAAUCACGACAACGUAGGGCUACAAAUUACCUUCUCAUCUGGGUGGAUGCCAGCAUCGACCAAGCAGACAAGGACUGCCAAAAUACAAUGGCUCAUUUGAAGAAUGUGGUCAAUGAUGUCAGCUUAUGCACUGAACCGAAUCAGUGCAUUCAAGUACUCAAGACGAUUGACAAGGAACGAGUCUUUGUUAUAACAUCAGGCUCGUUAGGUCAAUGCUUGGUUCCUGAAAUUCAUAGCAUGCCACCGUUAGAUGCAAUUUACAUCUUUUGUGGCAAUAAAUCUAGACAUGAAGGAUGGGUACAAAAAUGGACAAAAGUCAAAGGUGUCCAUACAAAUAUCAAAGAUAUUUGUCAAGCAUUACAAGUGGCGGUUAAACAAUGUGAUCAAGACACAAUAGCCGUCAGUUUUCUCGCGGUAAAUGAUAUGGCUUCAACUAAUAAUUUAAAUCAGUUGGAGCCCACUUUUAUGUAUACCCAACUAUUCAAGGAGAUUCUCCUUGAUAUUGAAUAUGGCUCCAAGGCAAUCAAGGACUUAGCCGCUUGUUGCCGUGAAGUUUUUAGUGACAAUCCAACUGAAUUACAAGUGAUCGAUGAAUUUGAACGUAACUAUCGUCCAGAAAAAGCAAUCUGGUGGUAUACACGUGAGUGUUUUACCUACAAAAUGCUCAAUCAAGCACUUCGAAUUAUGGAUGCCGAUAUUAUCAUUAAUAUAGGCUUCUUUCUACGUGAUGUACAUCAACAAAUUAAACAGCUACAUAAACAACAAGUCAGUAGUUAUGGAAGAAAGCCUUUUGUAGUUUAUCGAGGACAAGGUCUUAUGAAAUCAGACUUUGAAAAACUUCAGAAAGCAAAAGGUGGCCUAAUGUCAUUUAACAACUUCUUGUCCACGAGUAAAGAUAAAGAAGUAUCCCUCGACUUUGCUGGACGUGCUUCAAUAGAGCCAAAUAAGGUGGGCAUUUUCUUUAUAAUGUCCAUUGAUCCUUGUAUUGAAUCAACACCAUUUGCCUCCAUCAAAGAGGUGAGUUAUUUUAAGGAAGAAGAAGAAAUUCUUUUCUCAAUGCACACCGUGUUUCGAGUGAGUGCAAUUAAACAAAUGGACAAUAAGAAUCAACUUUAUCAAGUUGAAUUAGAAUUAACAUCGGAUGAUGACAAACAACUUCGAUCACUUACUGAUCGGAUACGAGAAGAAGCUGGUGGUAGUACUGGUUGGAAGAGAUUAGGCAAAUUAUUGCUUAAAAUUGGUCAAUUUAAUAAAGCUGAAGAACUCUAUAAUGUAUUACUCGAACAGACAUCUGAUGAGAGUGAAAAAGCGCUUUAUUAUAAUCAACUGGGAUAUGUCAAAGAUGACCAGGGUGAUUAUAAAAAGGCUAUUUGCUACUACGAACAGGCACUUGAAAUUCAACAAAAAACUCUUCCUUCAAAUCAUCCUUCAUUGGCUACUUCAUACAA